AUGAAGCCUCUGAAGAUCGUUGGACCUCGGACACGACUCUGGGUAACUCAUGCAGAGAUGUCCUGGAGCUAUCUGAUUACUGCCCCGAAUAUCAUUCACAUUGGGGUGGAAGAAACUAUCACUAUUCAACUACAUGAUGGCAAAGACACUGUUCACUUUCAAGUUUAUUGCUGGGACAUAAUCAGAAGGAAGAAAUGUUCAGAGACGGUAUUGUUUACACUAACUGCAGCAAACAAUUUCCAGGAGACAAAAACGAUCACGGUUUCCUCAAAGAAGGUAAAGGAGCUUUCUCUGUGGCGACGUCGGCGAAAGUAUAUUUACCUGGCCGCUGAGAGUCGGGAACUUCUCCAGCAGCGAAGGAUGGUCCCUAUCAAACUGUCUGACAAAAAGGGUUACAUUUUCAUUCAAACCGAUCAGCCAGUAUACACCCCCGGCCAAACUGUAAUGUACAGAAUUUUUACGCUGGAUCACUACAUGAGACCAGUAAAUGAUAAACUCAGGGUUUCUAUAUAUAACUCCCGCAACAUGCAACUCAUGGCCGCUAACUGGAUGUCAGAGAAAAUGAAAUUGCUCCGCACAAAAAUCCCUGAUAUUGAAGAGCCUGGAAAUUGGCGAAUAGAGGCAGAAUUUUUGGAUUCACCUCCGUCCAAAGUGUCAGCGCAAUUUGAAGUGAAGAAAUUCGUUCUCCCCAGGUUUGAUGUCAAGAUACAAGCAGAUCAAAUGUUCUACCUUGUGACCAAGGAGGAGUUCAAGUUCAAAAUAGUGGCAAUGCAUACAUUUGGGGAGGCUGUCGAGGGAAAGGCAUAUGUAAGAUUUGGAAUCCUUCAUGGAAGGAACAAGACGUACAUUGGAGGUCUUGAGCAAGAACUAACAAUGGUGAAGGGUGAGGUCGAGUCAUCUCUCAACACACAAAGACUAUUGGAAAAAUCCAACCUGCUGUCCAUUGAUGAGCUUGUGGGUUUGCAUCUCUAUAUGGCAGUGACUGCUGUGGAAUUAGUCAGUGGUGAAAUGGAGGAGGUGGAACUCAGCAGCAUAAAGUUUGUUUCUUCACCCUACGUCAUCGAUUUGUCAAAAAACAGGCGCUUCUUCUCUCCAAAGUCUUUUUUCACUGUCAUCGCAACCAUAACCUAUCCGGAUGGGACUCCAGCUGUCAAUGUGUCGGUAAAUAUUGAUGGAGACCAAUCAACAAACACCAAUGAGCAGGGCCUUGCUGUCUUUCAAAAGGAGACUCCAGCAGAUGCAAGUGUUCUGAGCAUCAAGGUGACGGCUGGUGAUAGGAAAUCUGGGACAGAAUCCCAAGAAACAAUGGUGACAGCAACUGUCUAUCAAUCUCCCAGCAAGAGUUUUCUUCAUAUAGAGGCACCUCACAAGGUGCAGAAGGCGGGUCAAUACAUGAUUAUCGAAUUGACAGCUAUCACAGAACUGGGCAGCAGAGACAUUGAUUACUUUUAUUACACAAUCUUAAGCAAAGGCAGGGUGAUUGCAUCUGAUAGGAUUCACAAGGCUGAUCCUACAAAGCUCCGCCUUCAAGUGGUACUUGACAUGGUACCCACAUUUCGCUUUCUUGCCUACUAUUACAUUUCCACUGGAGGAAGAAAGGAAAUUGUGGCAAACUCAGUGUGGAUUGAUGUGGAGGAUCAGUGUGAGGGGCAGAUAGAAAUAACGGAAAGCGAUGUUCCCUACGAACCAGGUGAUUCAUUUGACCUGCAAUUCUCGACCAACGAUGCAGCAAACGUGUCUUUUGUUGCUGUUGAUUCAUCAAUGUACAUCCUAAACAACAAGAAUAAACUCACAGUCCGGAAGGCAUUUGAAGCGAUGAACGCUUAUGACCUGGGAUGUUUCUAUGGAGGUGGAGUUAACAGCGUUGGUGUUUUCAAGGAUGCCGGACUGAGUUUUAUUUCUGAUGUGGGAGUAGCCUCUAUUAGACACGAGUACUCUUGCGGUAACGAGAUCAGGAGGAUGAGGAGGGAACUAAAUCUGCAACGGCAAUUUGCUGGAAAAUUAAACGAAUACCCAGAUCACAGACUGCGGAAAUGCUGCACAGACGGCAUCACUCAGAUCCUAAUGCAGCUUAGCUGUGAGAAGAGAGCAAUUCGAGUCAAGCAGGCAGAUUGUCAACAGGUUUUCAUGAGCUGCUGUAUCUAUGGAGUGGAACUGAGGAAGAAUCAGACGCUGAAGGCGAAUUCGAUAGCGCGAUCUGCUGUGACUUUAGAGGAAGAAUUUUUCGAUGAAACGUCCGUUUAUGUGCGUAGCGUAUUCCCACACAGCUGGCUAUGGCAAACAGUCGAGGUUUUCAAUGCAGGAGAUCACAAGUUAAGAAACUACAUUCCCGAUUCCAUAACUACUUGGGAAAUACAAGCAAUUGGCAUGUUUGCAAAUAAAGGAUUCUGCAUAGCUGAACCAAAGAAGAUGAAAGUGUUCAAACCAUUUUUUAUAUCCAUAAAGCUACCAUAUUCUGUCAAGAGGAAUGAGCAGUUGGAUGUGAGAGCAGUGUUGUACAAUUACCUGUCGGAGGAACUUGAGGUUUUCGUGUACAUGAGAGAAGCAGAGGGGCUGUGCAGUCCAGCUGUUUCAAGGAAUAAUGCAAGGAAAGUUCUGAUCAAAGCAAAUUCGGCCACCUCGGUUCACUUUGCUAUUGCUCCAUUGGUCGUUGGCAACAUGCCUAUCAAUGUUAUUGCUUUUAGCAAUACCAUGAUGUACGAGGAUGCUGUGUUAAAAUAUCUUAAAGUUGUGCCUGAAGGUGUACUUGUGUCAGAGGAAUCAAGCAUCCCCAUAAAUCCCAAAGUGAGAAGCAGCUAUGAAGUAUUGGAACCAGAGCCAUCUAACUUGGUACCGGACACCGAUAAUUAUAUGUACAUCCGAGCCACAGGGACAAUAAUGGGAGAUGCAGUGGAAAAUUCACUAAGUGCUGCUGGAAUUGACAAGCUGAUCAAAGUGCCAACUGGCUGUGCAGAGCAAACGGCAAUGCACAUGGCCCCUACAGUCUUUGUCGUCGAAUACCUCGACCAAAGCGACCAGUGGCUGUCACUUAAAGCUGAACGCAAGGAUGAAGCAAUCUUUCACAUUGAAACAGGGUAUAAUAGGAUUUUGGGAUAUAAGAAAGACGAUGGGUCCUAUGGAGCCUGGAAAACUCAUCCGAGCAGCACAUGGUUGACUGCGUUUGUUGUAAAAAUACUCUCAAUGGCACGAGAACAAAUUGUUGUCAAUGACAAAUUCAUCCAGGAAUCUGUGGCCUACCUCAUCUAUGAACAAAAAAUAUCUGGAGCAUUUGAAGAUCCCCAUCCAGUGAUAACCAGAAACAUACAGGGUGGAGUCAGUGGCACUGAAAUGGAUGUUUCCCUCACAGCGUUUGUGGCAAUAGCAUUGCAUCAUUCCUUGGCGGCUUUUCAACAGAAUAAUAUUGCAGUGAUUUCACGAGUGGAAAGAAGCAUUGAAAGUGCCGUUAAUUUUUUGCACACCAAGCUGCCGAAUAUUACCCAGCCUCACACCAUUGCCAUCACAGCGUACGCUCUUGCCCUCGUGAAGGCUGAUGUGGAUAAAGUCCUUGAAGCUGAAAGAAAAUUGAAAGCAAUUGCAUUCUAUGACGGUGAUUCUGAUGUUCGUUACUGGGAAGCUGACAAAACAUUGUUGGAGAGUGAGAACCUGUAUUCAGUUGAAACAGCACAGGCUUCAGCUAUAACCGUGGAAACCACUGCAUAUGCCUUACUUCAGGCAUUGUCAAGGAAUGACAUUGACUAUGCAGCACCAAUUGUGAGAUGGCUAACUCAGCAACAGAACUAUGGUGGUGGUUUUCAAUCGACACAGGACACUGUGAUUGCCUUGGAAGGUUUAUCACGAUAUCACAUUGCAUUUCUGGAGAGGGAAGAAGAAAUCAAUAUGCAAAUUCAAUUCAAUGUUUUUGGAAGCUCCAUGGAGAACACAAUUCAGUUACGCAGACGUAAUGCUCUGACUGAGAAAGAAUUGAAGUUUCCACUUGGAACCAAGAUGCGCAUUGAGUUGUCUGGUCAAGGGAAUGGAACACUGACUUUCCGAAAGCUGUACCAUAAACUGGAGGAGCCUCUCGGUGCUUGCAAAAAGGUUCACCUCUCUGUUACUAUCGAAGGAAAAGUGGAGUUUAAGAGACCAGAUGAUUACACUAAUUUUGAUGAGGAAUGUAUAGACGAUGACUCUCAACCGCUUGACUCACAGUUUGGCACCAUAGGUUGGCACGAUGUUCGUUCAAGAAGGAAAAGGGAUGUUCCAGAUACAGAAAAUCGUCAAACCAUUUACUAUAAAGUCUGUUACUGGCGAGAUAGAGACGAUGAGACUCAUUUCCAGUCUGGAAUGGCAAUUGUCGAUAUUUCACUCCUCAGUGGUUUGGAACCUGAGCUGGUGCAACUUGAUCAGCUGAAGAACGGAGUUGACAAAUACAUCGAUCACUAUGAUUAUAAAGAUGGAAGGGUCUUACUUUAUUUGGAGACGGUCCGCGAGGAGAAAGAAUGUGUUGUAUUUGCCACCAAACAAAUUGUUCCAAUGGGUUUAGUGCAGCCGGCAUCAGCAACUCUGUAUGAUUUCUAUAACCCAAGUAUAAAAUGCACUGUGGCAUACAAUGCACCUGAAAUGAAUGCUAUGAUCUCCAAGAUCUGCAACAGUGAAGUUUGCGUUUGUGCUGAAGGUUCCUGUCCUCAACUUAAACACGUCUUGUCCACUGAGGUGAGUGGAUCAGCUCGGGUAGAAUUCGCCUGCUACAGUCCAAUUGUGGAUUACGCUUAUCGAGUCAGAGUUGACAAUAUUACUACCACCGGGUAUUUUAAAAACUACCAGGCGACGAUUACUCGAAUUCUGAAAAUGGGCCAUAAGGAUGAAAGGGUUGAAGUAAAUGAUGUCCGACAUUUCCUGAAGCGGAAUUCCUGUCAGCUUCAGCUGAAGAAAGGUGAAGACUAUUUCAUCAUGGGCCAAGAUGGGAGAAGCACUGAUGGAAGUGGCAAGAUUCAGUAUUUAUUUGAUGCCAAAUCAUGGAUUGAGGAAAUUCCAUCAGCUGAUACCUGUGAGCUUCGGAAAUACCGCAGUGCCUGCAAAAGCCUGAACGAUUCCAUGAAUGACCUUUUAAAUCGUGGGUGCCAAAUGUAGCAUGUGCCCAAACAGAGCUUCGAGGCUGACAUAUUAAAUACAUACUCUUAAAAGUAAUACAUUAAUUGGUCUGUAUAAUAAAGUUAUGAAAAA